AUUUUAUAGCCAACUACUCCCGACAGGGCUCUCCGAUGAAGAUCGCGGCGUACUCGAAACGGGCAAGAAUACACAUUCCUGUCGUUGGUCUUGCUUGUGCCUAUCGAUGAUUGAUGAUUCGCCCCGACGACUCUCACGUUCCAUCUGAAGCUACGUUCACCCGGCCGCCGUACUCGAACGUUCUUCGGACGUGAUGACAUUUAUCUUCCCUAUCGAAAACCUGUACCAGAGGGCCAUCGUAAUAUGCGGGAUAGUCUUCAGCGUCAUUCCCGCCGUAUUUGUUGGCCUGCGGGUGCUGGCGAGGCGGAAGGCCAACCGGGUGCUUGACGUGAGCGACUACAUGGUCAUGGUAUCAUGUGUCCUUGCUAUUAUCUUUCAGGGCGUCUCAGUCUCAGCGGUCCUCGUGGGCGGCGUGGGCUUCCAUAUCGAUGAAAUCGUGAACAGAUUUGGCGUCGAGUCUGGUCCUACGUUGUUUUACCAGCAUCUCAUCCCUCUCCAGUUGCUAUGGGCAAUCAGCCUGGGGCUCUGCAGAAUAUCCAUACUCCAUCUAUUCUCAAGAAUCUUCCUCGUCCAAAACUUUUUUAUAGUAGCCAGGGCUACCUACGUCUUAAUUAUCACGUGGACGCUGGCGGCCGUACUUAGUGCCUUUCUCAUCUGCCGCCCGCUUAGCUAUAAUUGGGAUAAGUCGGUCGAAGGAGGAGUUUGCGGGAAUCAGGUGGUGUCAUGGGUGGUAACAGGCGCGUUGAACAUGGUCUCUGACUUGAUCAUCCUCAUCGUACCGAUGCCGUACCUGUUAAGAUUGGAGUUAGCACUGCCUAAGCGGUUAAGCCUUGCAGCUACUUUUGGAAUAGGGAUAUUGACAUGUGUUGUCAGCAUCAUACGCGUUGCCUUGAUAACUAAAGUCGACUUCACCGAUAUUACCUGGUCUAUCUCGAGCUCUGUCUUGGUCAGCGCCCUCGAACCGUGUGUUGCCGUUACCGUAGCGUGCGCGAUUAUCCUACGUCCUCUCUUCGGCGGUCAGUACUCUCCCGAUGGUACGGCCACUUUCAACACCCCGUCUGUCGACGCCCUGUCCAGAAAGAAUAGCAACCGGCGCUUUAAGCAACUCAACGACGACUCAUCCGAGACACGACUCCGGCCGGAAGAGCUGGGAUACCGGGCAUCCAUCGCGAAGGCAUCAGAGCCGUUCAAAGGGCAAAUAGGAGAUAUUGGGCUGGAAAUGGGGUCGAUCUCGAUAAAGCACGAGUGGAUUGUGAAAGAGGAGCAACGUCCGGCGACGACAGAGAUGCAACAGGAUAAGAGCUAGAGAGGGAACGAAUCCCGCGGGGUCACAUUAUAGCGAAUCCUAAACACGCAGUCGCGAGACAUACUUAUUCAUAUCUGAGGAGUGUACAAUCCGAGAAAUGCUUGCCUUUGGGCCUAUGGUCUGCUCA